AUUGAGUUCAAUAUUUUUCGCGGGAUUUCCUCGUUACGUUACUGUUCAGGCCAACAUCAAUUGUUGGGAUACACUUCGCGGUCCUGUUCCUGAUACGGUUUCAUCCAAGUUUGCACGGGCGACUCAACGAGAGCUCUCGGAGCUGGAGCUUCAGCGCAGAACGACACCUCGCCAUACACCUGUCGCAAUGGCACAGUACCUACAGGACUUCGUGUACACUCUUACCAACUGCUUCUCUUGUUUCCCCGGCUCUCCGCAAUUGAAGAUCAAUAAUAGAAGUUUCAAAAUCCUGCGACUCUUGGGUGAAGGAGGGUUCUCCUAUGUUUACCUAGUACAAGACACGAGCAAUGAAGCGCUCUAUGCGCUGAAGAAGAUAAGAUGUCCAUUUGGACAAGAAAGCGUUACCCAGGCUAUGAAGGAGGUGGAAGCUUACGCCCUCUUUUCUCCACAUCCAAAUAUUAUCCACAGCGUGGAUUAUUGUGUCCAGGCAGACAGGUCCGACCCAGGCGCGAAAACAGUGUAUAUCCUACUCCCAUAUUAUCGAAGAGGGAAUCUGCAAGAUAUCAUAAAUGCGAACUUGGUCAAUCAUACGAAGUUCCCUGAGCGGCGCCUCAUGGUCCUUUUCUUGGGCGUCUGCAGAGCUUUACAGGCAAUGCACUACUACAAGGUCAAAGGCGGCCCUGGUGGUGCAGAGAGUCAGAAGAAGGCAAAGCAGGUCCGAGACGAGGCGGCAAAGGCAGACCAAGACCUAGACAGCGAGCAACAAGAGCCCUUGAUGGAAGGAGAAGUGACUAGGAGCCAAGAGGGUGUUGCUGCCGGUGAUAUCAGAGCGUAUGCGCAUAGAGACAUCAAGCCAGGAAACAUCAUGAUUGACGAUGACGGCGAACAACCAAUUCUCAUGGAUCUUGGCUCAUUAGCACCCUCCCCUGUACCGAUUACCUCGAGAUCACUCGCACUGGCCGUACAAGACCAAGCAGCCGAGCAUUCAACGAUGCCGUACCGCGCUCCUGAACUGUUUGACGUCAAGACGGGAAGCGUAAUUGACACCAAAGUCGAUAUAUGGUCACUUGGAUGCACUCUAUACGCUUGUCUGGUUGGAAAGUCUCCAUUCGAAAUGCGGAGCGAUGAGACUGGAGGUAGUUUGAGUCUCUGUGUCCUUGGAGGUGAUUGGAGAUUUCCAGACGAGGGUGCUGGAGGAAAGAAGAAGGCAACAAAUCAACAAGGCCAGAGUGAGGACAGCGAGAUCAGUGAAAGCAUCCGAGAUGUGGUCAGGAAGUGCUUGAAAGUUGAGCCAGCAGAGAGACCAGAAGUGAACGAGUUGAUUGAAAUUGUCACGAAAGUUAUCGAUGAGUUGCCUGAAGAUGGCGCUUCAUAGCUUUGGAUACUCUUGUAUACAUGUUCAAUAGCAGGCGUUAAGAACUUGGCGAAGCAGAGGCUUGAGAUGUAUGGUGUUCAAGAGUUAGAUUUCGUAUCGAAUUUGGAAAUGCCUUCGGAUUGGGAUUCAGUGCUAAUAAUGAUGACGGUCAGAUUAGGUCGAAGCCUCGAAAACCCCUACGAUCUCACCAAUCGGGACCCUUGUACAUAAGCCAUUGAGGCGAAGCAAAAAGCAC